CAGCGCAUACGACGAUUCCACUCUAUACCACACAAGUGCGACUCCGACCCUCCCACCCAUACCCACGGCGACCGACGUUUGACGACAUUCGACCUCCCGCAAUUGCACACAGAUCCUCCGACAAUUUGCAUGUGAAGGCCUGGCACCAGGCCAUCCGCUCCUUUACGCGACCAACACCAGCAUAAUAGAGCAGACAUGGACGAGCAGGGCCAGAACGACGAGCUGUACCCGAUUGCUGUCCUGAUAGAUGAGCUCAAGCAUGACGAUGUCUUGCUACGAUUGAAUGCCAUCCGCAGACUGUCGACCAUUGCGCUCGCGCUUGGUCCUGAGCGCACAAGAGAUGAGCUCAUACCCUUCCUGGACGAAUCUGUAGAAGACGAAGACGAAGUUCUCACAGCACUUGGCGACGAGCUGGGCAACUUCGUCGAGUACGUAGGCGGUCCGGAGUAUGGGCACGUGCUCCUCUCGCCCCUCGAGAAUCUGGCUACCAUCGAGGAGCCACUCGUGCGCGAUAAGGCCGUUGAGUCCCUGAACAAAAUCUGCGAGCAGCUAUCUCAGCAGCAAGUCGAGCAGUACUUCAUCCCCCUCACUAUCCGUCUUUCGAAGGCCGAUUGGUUCACCUCGAAGAUCUCAGCAACCGGACUCUACAACACACCUUAUCAACAUGCCACCCCGCAAUCUCAGGAAGGUCUUCGACAACAGUUCUCUCAGCUCGUGCACGAUGACACACCGAUGGUACGAAGACAAGCGGCUAACAACCUUGCCAAAUUCGUAAAGAGCAUGCCAGCUUCAGUGGUCAUUGAGGACAUGAUCCCACUGUUCCAGCAUUUGGCGGGAGAUGACCAGGACAGUGUGCGGCUGCUGACUGUCGAUGUUCUCAUUGCAAUCGCAGAAGCUGUACCGAAAGAGCAGCAGAGCAGUCAUGGAGUAUUGCUCACCGCACUUCGUGGCCUGUUUGAUGACAAGAGCUGGAGAGUCAGAUAUAUGGUGGCAGACAGAUUCGAGAAGGUCGCAAAGGCUGUCGACGAAGAGGUCGUCUCGAGAGACCUUGUCCCAGCAUUUGUGAAGCUUCUGAAGGACAACGAAGCGGAAGUCAGGAGUGCGAUUGCUGGACAAAUUCCGGGCUUCUGCCAACUCGUUGACCGCCAAGCACUUCUUCGGGACAUUGUCCCAGCUGUCGAAGAGCUGGUCUCGGACUCUUCGCAGCACGUCCGUGCAGCUUUCGGCAGCCAGAUUAGUGGUUUGGCACCUAUACUUGGCAAACAGGAGACAACAGAGCAUCUCCUACCCAUGUUGCUCCAGAUGCUCAAGGACGACUUCCCGGAUGUGCGACUGAACAUCAUCUCCAAGCUCGAGCAAGUCAACAACGUGAUUGGCAUUGAGUUGCUAUCGCAGUCCCUUCUUCCGGCUAUCGUUCAAUUGGCAGAAGACAAGCAGUGGCGAGUCAGGUUGGCAAUCAUCCAAUACGUGCCACUGCUUGCGUCGCAACUUGGUGUCAAGUUCUUCGACGAGAAGCUCAGCAGUUUAUGCAUGUCCUGGCUCGGAGACACUGUCUUCAGCAUACGUGAAGCCAGCACACAAAAUCUCAAGAAGCUUACUGAGGUGUUCGGCGUUGAGUGGGCUAGCGAGGCAAUUGUGCCCAAGGUCGCUGCCAUGGCUGAGCAUCCCAACUACCUCUACCGCAUGACCACCUGCUUUGCAGUAUCUAUCCUGGCACCCGCCCUGUCACUUCCAGUCAUCGCCAGGUCUAUCCUCCCCAUCCUGCAGUCCUUGGUCUCUGAUCCCAUCCCCAACAUCCGCUUCAACGUCGCCAAAUCGUAUGCGGUGCUCAUCGAUAUCCUCAAGCGCCUGCCGGAUUCUGACUCUGCCACCAUUGUGGAGAUGGAGAAGCAAGGAGUAAUAGAUUUCCCCGGCAGCGCACGUGGCCAGCAAAUCAUCCGAGAAGAGAUCAUGCCGCCUCUAGAGAAGCUUAUGUCUGAUGAUGACGUGGAUGUGCGAUACUUCGCGACGACAGCCAGCAAGGCCUGGACGGACACUGAGAACGCCAUGGAGACCUAGGAAGUCGUAUCCGUUGACAGUGGGAUCCAUUAAUGAGAUAGGCACUGGCAGAGCCGUACUCGUCUUAGAAGGUUGCUCCAGGCGUAGGAAAAGGCAGGACAGGGGGCACUUAGACACGCAGUUGAUGGGCUUUAGCGAGACGAGACGACUCUUGAUGUAUGGCUAGACGUUAGAAGGGCAUGGGACGUCUGGCCAUUGGUGUGCACCUUACGCAUUCAAGCAAUUGGUUGGGCAGAGACUUAAAAGGAUACCUAGCAAAAUACCACUACCGUCAUGCAUUGAACCAUAUUGGCAG